AUGCCGGAUUUCGAUGGCUUUGUCGUCGAGCGGCAGAUCGCAGAAGUUGAAUUCGAAGCAGCCAUAUAUAACCUGUUGCGUGACGAAGCAGAAGUCCGCGCGUCUCGCCUGCUCUAUCACCGCGCACCGGUUCUCAAACCGGGCCCUAAAGUCCAGAUACCAGCAGAUCUCUCGGGUCGACGCAUCUUUGUGUUCGAACGAUCAGACGGCACAAACAAUGUGUGGCAAGGGCUUGAUGCUGAGGCAAAGACCGUUCUCCUUGAUCAGCUCGCACGCAUGCGUGCCGCCCUCUUCAACUAUUGCCCACCCUCUGGCUUUGCAGUCAAGUACCUGUAUAGCCGUAUCUUUGACUUCAAACCGGAUGCUUUCAGACUACCCGUAGCGCCUACUCGCGAAUUCUGGAUACACGUAAUACAGUCAAAGAUUGAAGCAACAAUUAAGAACGGAGGUGACAUGAUUGGAUGGGAAGAUGAUGAAGAAACCGUGGGACCUGUCGCACUGGCAGCGAAGCAGUCUCUCCUCAAAGCGAUACCACAUCUACUGCCGCAAGAGAACUCCGACAUCUUGUACAGGCUAGUGCUUGAGCACGGUGACUUUGGGAUACACAACACUUCGAUCAUCACAGACGACAUCUGUAUGCCCGGAGUCACGUCGCUAUAUGACUGGGAGACAGCAUGCAUUGUUCCAGCUCUACUAGCUGACCCACUCGUCGCGGCUGGUCCUGUGGAUCUAAUUACAAACGAGCGUGCUGAGCCGGCUGUCACUAGGAUACCUGGAUCAUCGACGGCUGCGGAACUAGAAGCAUAUGCCACCUGGUCGCGACAUUGCAUCAAGGUUCGUCUGUACCGAAUCCUGCUUACCAUGAUGGUGCGCUAA